AAUCUUUCUUUCGGACCCGGCAAUCUAACAAAUGACUACAGGGACGACGACGUCCUUCUUGGGACUGACGGCCUCGCCGGCCUUCUCGCCCGUGCACUCGCUCGUGGGCGGGCUCAUGCUGGCGUCGAGCGUGCACGGUCUCUUGGGCCACCUCGGCGCCGUCCUUGGCAUCAGUGGCUUCUUUCACACCACGGUCCACAGCCUCGUCUCGUCUCCUGCAACAGACGCACCGGCCGAGAAGCAUGCCAUCUCGCCCGCUGACGACGAAAAGAUCCAGAGCGAAAAGACGUCGCGCAUCGUGGCGCGUCUCUUCACCGUCGGUCUCCUCACGGGCGGGGCCAUCUUUGGUGCAUUCAAGCUUCCCCUCGAGGCCUCCUUGGGCACGCUCCUCUUCGACCCCAUCGCGCCCAGCUCUUGGCACAUCACAAAGGGUCACGGUCUCUUCAGCCUCGAGUCGGUCCGCUACCUCUUUCCGGCAUUCGUGACUGGCUCGCUCGUCGGUGUUGGCACCAAGCUCGGAAGCGGCUGCACCUCGGGCCACUUUCUCUGCGGCCUUUCCCGCUUCUCGAUCCGCUCCCUCGUCGCCACUGCGACCUUCUUCAGUGUGGCAGUGGCCACGCACCUCUCGCUCCAUGCUGCGCCCACCUUACUUCAGAAGGCGGCCACGGCACACCCUGUGCUGCCUACGGCCUCCUCGCUUGUUCUGCUCCAGCUGCCCGCCCUCAUCUACGCGGUAAUUGUGCCUGCUCUAGUUCAACGAUCGAACGGAAAAGCGUCAAAGGGAGAAGACGAGGACGAGGAAGAAGAACGAGAAAGCGACAGACGGGCCAUGCACGAACAAGCUGCGAAAGUGACUGCCUUCUUUGUCGGGCUGCACUUCGCCUUUGGCCUCGGUCUGACCGGCAUGCUGCGCCCUUCGAAAGUCCUCGGCUUCCUGGCAAUGUCUCCGUCGAGGAUAAGGGCGGGCUCGUGGGACCCUUCGCUGGCCUUUGUCGCCCUGGGAGGUAUUGUGCCGAGCUCCAUUGGCUACUUUACCACCAUCAAGCCCCGCAUCGAUGCAGCGGCCGAGCAGGACAGGCGGUCCAAGAAUGCCACGGCGGACGAGGGCAACCGGCCGCUGCUCUACAAGGCUGCACCCAGAUGGCGCGUCCCUACGAGGAAGGACAUCGACUGGAAGCUGUUGACUGGGGCGACGCUCUUUGGCCUCGGCUGGGGCGCCUCGGGCUUCUGCCCCGGUCCAGCCCUCGUCGGCCUGGGUGCGUCGUUGCUCCCGUCGCCCCAGGACUCCGAUGCGAUGGUGCACCUGGCCAAGAGCCUCAUCUUCACCCUCUCCAUGGCUGCGGGCGGGGUUGUCGCUGGUGUUCUGUAGAUACAGCUUUCCACUACUCUUCAUCCCCUUCUCAUUCCUUGUGUUCCCAUCCUCUCAUGUGUUUCCACCACUUAAUCUAAAUAGACGAGGGGAGGCCUGUGCUCAGGGCUCGUGCUUUUGAGAAGCUUAAUUGAGG